GUCAAUGACAAUUGAAAUUGUUUACAAAAGCCACAAAAACGAAAUAUUUGUUAUUUCCUAAACAUAAUUAUGAGUUCUUUACAAGAAAGGUUGCAAUUAAAGCGCGUACCAUUAGACACUUGGAAUACACGAGAACAAUUAUGUCUAGCAUCAGCCGUUGUUAGGAGUGGCGAUCAAAACUGGAUGUCUGUUUCACGCGCAUUAAAGACUGUAGGCGAGCCGAACCGACCUCCCGAUUGGUAUUCUCAGAAAAGUUGCGCAGCACAGUAUGGAGCCUUACUUGAGCAUGUUGAGACUCCAAAGCGCAAGAAGCGGAGCUCGGAGGGUGCGGUGGAGACCCCACAGGAAAGCAUCCUGAAGCGACUCACACAGGAACGUAUUGCAGAAAUACAUAAAGUGAUAGCAGAACUUACACAACAAUACGAACAAACGCAGAAAGAGAUAACAGAGCUAUCAGAUCCAACAACAUCGGAUGAACGAGUACAUGAACUAUGGAAUGCAACGGAAGCAGAGAAGCGUGCGAGAGAGAGAGAUAAUGCAAGACGGCUUGCAUUAUUAAAAGAAAGAGAGGAAAGACGUAACCGUGCUGAAAGAGCAUGGAGACCAGGACAACAAUCACCAGGAUCAGGUUCCCCCGUUCAACCUUCAUCACCGUUAUUAACGUCGUUGCUCAAAUCAUCACCUGUGGUGACGAUUCCACAGCAUAUGUCACAUCCAGCUAAUACUGUUGAUACAAUGUCUCCGUCUGCGGGUGCUCCGACAUUAUCAAUGUUAUUAGAAAAGCCUCAAGGCGGAUCCAGUCCUCAAGAAAGUAAGCACGCAGCAAUCGAACAUAUUAAAAGUCAGCUGGUACAAAUUGAACAACAAUUAAAAGCAGGUACAUCCACCCCGUCACCAGAUCUAACUCCUCCAGUCCCAGCUGUGGACUUAGAUGACAUAGAAAUUAAAGCUGAAGAUGUGUAUGCCUUCAGAGACAUAGACAUUCACAUUCCUCCUGUCGCGUCUAUGCAUAAAACUGCAGCUAGAAUAGAAAAGCCUGUAUAUAAAAAGGAAGAGGAAAAAACUACAGAAAUAAGUAAUUUAGAAACCACACAAGAAGUAGAAAUUAAGGAAGAACCAAUGGUCGUGGAUACGGUGGAAAAAGAAAAUGUGGAGCAAGAGGAAACGCAAGAAGAAGAAGUAAUAGAAGAGAAUCAAACAGAAGUAGCAGAUGAAGAAGUGAAAAUAGCAUUCCCAGAAGUGAAGUUUCCGACACCGGAGAUAAAAGUCAUUGAACCUGAAGAUAAUGCGAUAAAAGAAGAAAUACAAGAACCAGAAACAGAAGAAACGGAGACGGAACCAGUGAAAGAGAUUGAAGAGGAGAAGACUUUAGAGGUGGAAGAAGUUCAAAUAGAAGAAGUACCCACACAAGAAGUAGAAGAAAGCAUUGAAACUCCGUCAGAAGCUGUAGUGGAAGAGAAAGUAGAUGAAGUCCAAGAGGAGACAAUGUUAGAAGCAAAAGAAGAAGUAGAAGAACAAGUGGAAGAAAUAAAAGCUGAAGAAAUACCAUUGCCUCCUGAAAAAGAGACAAUAGAAGAAAUUGUACCAGAAACCACAGUGAAAGAAGAAAUAAUCGAAACUCCACAAGAAACUAUACAAGAGAAUGUACCAGAAGAUAACGAAGUAACCCAACCUGUAGAGAACGAAGCAGAAGUAAGCAAAGAAGAGAAGAUAGAAGAUGUUAAAAUAGAGGAAGAUGCAGAAGACUCAAUACCUUUGAAAGAUAUGAUAAAAGAGGAAUUAAUAGAAGAGAAGACAGAAGAAUUAAAUCGUCCUCUAGAUACAGAAGACACUCAUACAGAGACAGAUGACGAUACACCAAUGGAGUUAAGCCGAGAAGAAGAAAAAGAUGGCAAGAAAAAACGCGAUUAUUCAAGAAAGAAGAAAUCUGAAUCAAGAACAUGUUCUGGUUCAGAAAGUGCAGCGGAGGCGAGCGCGCCAGAAUCACCCAGCGCAAGUGACGCCGAGAAACAGCAUCGAUUGUGGAAGAAGAGUGUCAUGCUGGUUUAUAGCAGAUUAUGUGCACAUAAGUACGCGUCACUGUUCCUCCGUCCAAUAUCUGAUGAAGAGGCACCUGGAUACAGCGUGGUGGUGAAGAGACCAAUGGAUCUUACUACUAUUAGGAGAAAUAUUGACUCUGGAUUGAUACGUACAACAGCGGAGUUCCAACGCGACGUGUUACUGAUGUUGUCCAACGCUCUGAUGUACAACAGCAGUGAGCAUAGUGUACACAACAUGGCCAUGCAGAUGCAUGAGGAGGCUCAGUGUCAACUGGGCAUGUUGUUGGCUGCGCAGGCGCACGCGGGGCUGGUGGCCGCCCCCCCGCGCCGCAAGCGCCGCGCCCCCCUCCCCGCCAGGCAGCCGCGCACACCCAACUCUUCUGAUUCACCUCACGGCGCUAAGCGACAACACUGAAUACACUAAUCAUCUAUUUAUCUAUGGUUUCUGAGACCAAAUAAUGAUUUAUACGUGGAAUUUGGUCUCAAAAACCAUUUAUUCCACAAAUUUAGCAAACUUUGACCACACUAGCGACUUCUCUGACGUCAUCAGCGGACUGUGACCACACUAGCGACUUCUCUGACGUCAUCAGCGGACUGUGACCACACUAGCGACUUCUCUGACGUCAUCAGCGGACUGUGACCACACUAGCGAUUUCUCUGACGUCAUCAGCGGACUGUGACCACACUAGCGAUUUCUCUGACGUCAUCAGCGGACUGUGACCACACUAGCGAUUUCUCUGACGUCAUCAGCGGACUGUGACCAUCUUCUAUAUCUUUACGCGCCAUUUUAUUAAUUUGACAUGAAACAUUAUUAUUUUGUGUUGCAAGUACAAAAAAUAAUUUCAC